AUGAAUCCAUUCACACAAGCUGAUCGAUACAGCCCUCGAGCAGAUGUAGAUGGCCACAUACAGAAGAUCAUCACCAGUUACAUUGAUGGCAUCCGGCUGCAGUUUGCUGUAGGUGGCCAGCUAACUGGAUGGCAGAAGCUGGUUAAGGGAAUUGUGGCAGGUUGCACUGUUUCCGUGGUGCUUUUCAUUAUGGUGAUGAACCUUCUGAUAAACACUGCUCAACGCGAAACGAGAGGUCUAAAGACGAAAUCGGGAAUCUAUCUCACAUCUAGCAGAGGUUUCAUGGACGACCUCACAAUGUCGACUACAACGCAUGUCCAAGUUAGGAGGAUGUUGACGGCCCUGACAGACGUCGCUUCAUGGGGAAGAAUGAAGUUCAAGGCAGUCAAAUCCAGAGCCCUCGUCAUUAAGAAGGGACAGGCAACAGAAAGAUUCAAGCUCUACGUACAAAAUGAGGAGAUCCCAUCCAAAGUAAAAAUUCCAAUAGCGUCCCUUGGGAAAUGGUUUCACGCAAGCCUACGAGAUCGAGACAACGCCAAGAAGCUCAAGCAACAGGUAGAAGAUGACCUCAAGAAGAUUGAUCGCUGUGGACUACAUGGGAAGUUACAAGCCUGGUUGUACCAGCAUGCAUUGCUCUCAAGACUUCUCUGGCCACUGAUGCUGUACGAGGUUGCUAGUACGACAGCGGAAGCCCUCGAGAGGACUACCAGCAGUCACCUCAGAAAGUGGCUCAGAGUACCACCAAGUUUCACAAGGAUUGGACUCUCCGGAAAGACCAAGAAGCUGCAACUUUCACUAUCUUCACUGGUUGAAGUGUUCAAGAUUGCAAAGACAAGACUUGUGCUGAUUCUGAGGGAUUCUCCGGAUGAAUGUAUUCGGGGAGCAGGGAUUGAAACCGCACUAGCAAAAAGUGGUCAGCGACAGAGUCUGUUAGCCAGGCCGAGAGCCGUUGGACUUCAGGGGAUCGGCGCAACCAAGACCGUAUUGUGGAGCAGAUCAGACCAGAAGGAGAGACGAGCAAUGAUACAGUCGGAGGUCAGAAGAGAGGAGGAAAGCGCAAGACAGGCUAGGGCAGUUGAGAUGGGAGCGCAGGGAACAUGGACCACGUGGAACACCACAGACAGGAAACUGACCUGGGGAGAAAUCUGGAAAUACAAGCCACUGAGAUUCUCGUUUCUCCUCAGGUCUGUCUAUGACCUUCUACCAUCUGCAGCCAACCUAUUCCGAUGGGCACUCACAACGGAUCCCAAAUUCAGUCUGUGCGACAAAACCGACACACUAGAACAUGGUCUGUAA